AUGGCACUUGGGUCGAUACUGAACGAUUCCAGAACUGGUUCUGGCGUCACUGAACUGACUGUUUUGUCAAGGGGAUGUGUGACUCCCAGGAUCAUUGCAAACAUUAAUGAGACUCUGGGCGAAGACAAGGAUUACAGCCUCCUGGAUGGCUUCGAUGAGCUGCCUGAGGAAGAAAAGGCCAAAGUCCGCAGGGCUCUGGAGCAAGGCCAUGUUGAUGAUACUGAUUGGCGCGGUGACAUCGAACUGAAUCGCCCUGGCAAGACUGGGUUCCGUCUGAAGGGUUCGAAGAAGGAGGCCACGGAGGACGCAGCGGAUGAAGCAGAGGAGGAAAAGACAAAGGCCAAGAAGCGCAGCCGCGGCGAAGACGACGGCGAGGAGUCUGAGGACGUCCCCGCCAAGAAGGCCAAAAAGGAGAAGGCUGCUGCAGCUAAGGACGACACUUCUUCUGAGGCGAAGCCUGCCAAGCGCGGCCGACCUCGCAAGAAUCCUGAAGCAGCUGUGGCCAAAGCCGAGAAGGAGACGGAAGAUGCGCCCAAGAAGGCCGGCAGGGGUAGAAAGAAGAAGGUCGUCGAAGGCGAGAACGGCGACGCCACUGCUGAGGCUAAUGGAGCUGACGAUGCGGAGUCCAAGCCUGCCAAACGGGGUCGCAAGCCUGCUGCCAGCAAAGAGCAGGGUGAAACUGAGGCCGCUCCAGAGAAGCGCAAGCGUGGUCGUCCGAAGAAGCAGACUACUACUUCGGAUGAAUAG